CUUUUCCCACUCUCACUCUCCCUCACUGCACCAAGAGUUAAACCCCGCCCUCCCACAGCAGUGCUUCUGUGUGAGGAAGAAGGGGUUUAGUGAGAUUUCUGCAGUAAGACCUAGACCUAAAGAAGAAUAAUAGACCAAAAACUGGGACAGGAAUGGACCUUAUGCUGAGCCCAGACUUUUUCCAGUGUGUAGAACGACAUCGCGCAUCUCUGUUGCAGAAGUUGCAAGAGAAUGGGGAGCAAAGCUCUAGGGUGCAAGAAGAAGCACAGGAAAGUAUAACCAGGCAAGAUAAAAUCGAUCCCAUCUUUUUGUCUAUAUUUAUGUUGGCAGAGGUGAUCUUUAUGAUUAUCAUGCAAGGAACACUCAGCACAGCAACUUGUGAGAAGAUUUACUUGCAGAGACAUCCCUUGUAACCUCUAAAUGCCAGUCUGCGACCAUCUGCUUAAGUGUUAUGCAUUGUGUCAGUUCUCAGGUUCUUGCUGCAAUUGAACGUAUAAUCCAGGGAAUAAUGGAAAGUCUGUCUAGAAAUGAAGCUCCUGUUCUGACCCUGGACAACAGGUCGAACUGGGCUAACAUAGAGUUUAACCAUACAGUGGGGUUGCAGAUGGCAAAACAUUGUACUACCAGAAAAGUAAGGAGUGACUGUGCCAAGUCUGCACCAAAGUUCGCCCUGAUGCUUAAGGUGCUGUCAGUGAUCUACAGACUAGUGCAGAGUGAUACAUAUGCAACAAAAAGAGAUAUAUAUUACAAUGAUGUGCAACUUUAUGGCUCCCAGACGGUUGUGGACAAUAUAAUUAGUGAUCUUUCCUGCAUGCUGAAAAUCCCAAGAAUCAAUUUGCACAUACUCUCUACGUCCAAAGGGUGUGUGGCUGGCGAUUUAUGGUUUACAGCAGAAGAUGGAAACAAAGUAUACUGUGGUGGUAGCUCUUCCGCCGUCCUCGUGCCAAUAAAUGUCGAAGGAAUCAGAAACCUGAGUACCCAAGCUAAAUUCAUCCUCAUAAUCGAAAAGGAUGCAACAUUCCAAAGGCUUCUCGAUGACAACUUCUGCUCUAGGUCUGGCCCCUGCAUCUUGAUAACAGGAAAAGGUGUCCCGGAUCUGAACACAAGGCUUCUCACUCGGAAACUGUGGGAUUCCUUUCACAUCCCCAUCUUCACCCUGGUGGAUGCUGAUCCCUAUGGGAUAGAAAUAAUGUGCAUUUACAAGUAUGGAUCUAUAUCAAUGUCAUAUGAAGCUCAUCACUUGACUGUCCCUGCAAUCUCAUGGCUUGGCCUCUUACCAUCAGAUUUAGAGAGGUUAUUCAUUCCCAAAGAUGCUCUGAUUCCAUUAAGUGCAAUGGACCAAAGGAAGUUGCUUAGUAUCCAGAAGAGACCCUACAUUUCCUGCCAGCCGAUCUGGAAACGAGAAAUUGAGAAGAUGGCAGCCAGCGGAAGGAAAGCAGAAAUCCAAGCUCUGACGUCAAUAUCUCCUGACUUCCUGUCCAGGGUCUAUUUACCCAACAAGCUACGAUACGGAGGCUGGAUCUGAGCACCGCAGCAGGUGUACAGAGGAUUAAAAACGGCAGUGUUUUUUUUUCAAAAUGAUCCUGAAAUUCUAAGACUUUAGAAAAAUAUUCUGUUAGCUCAUGGGGUCCUUUUUUGCCCUAUGCUAUAUUGUUUAAUUGGGAUUAAGCAUUUUUGUUGCCAGGUUGGUAAUAUAAAGGUUAUUA